AUGGAUCCACCUGCAAAUCAUCAAAACCCCAUAGAUGACCUCGAUUGGUUUCAGUACUUUGAUCAUCAAGAUCUUUUCAGUGGUGACAUGUUCGACCAUCAUGAUUACAAGUUGUCAGAAAAAUUGCAUGAAGUGCUCGAUCAGAACGUUUCCACAAUACUUAAAAAAGAUCAAAAUAUCAUUUCUAGAAAUGAGUUUCACGAUUUUGAUCCCCUUGAAGAUAUAAGCUUAUGGGAUUGUUGGUGCGAUGGUUUACCGUUUCUUAGUAACAAUGAUGAUAAUAGUGAUUGUCACAGUGAAGUUGCGGCUGCUACAACAAAUCUUUUAGGGUUUCAAGACUUUAAGCCAAUUGAAGAUCUAAGCUUUUGGGAUUGUUGGGAGGAUGGUAAUUUACCAUUGGUCAGUUUCAAUGAAGACUCUAAAUCCGGUGGUGAGGCUACAUGUAGUUCUAGUGCUGCCACCACUGAUCACGGUGGCCGUAAGGUGGCAAAGAGAUUGAGACGGCUGGAGUUUGAAGAGAUAGAGAAAUACUUUGAGAUGCCGAUAAUAAUGGCUGCAAAGGAACUAGGGAUAGGGUUAACAGUGUUGAAGAAACGAUGCAGAGAGCUAAACAUAAACAGAUGGCCUCAUAGAAAACUUAAGAGCCUUCAAUCCCUCAUUCAAAAUGCCAAGGAAUUGGGAUUAAAGGAGGAGAUAGAGACGUUAGAAGGGCACAAGAAGAUGAUGGAGAAAUUGCCAGGUAUGGAAUUGACAGAAAGAACAAAGAAGCUUAGGCAAGCUUGCUUCAAAGCUACUUAUAAGAAGAGAAGACUUAACAAUCCUUAG